CAACAAUUGACAAUUUUCGCAACUGUCCGCAUAACCUUCUUCCUUUUUUAUCCUUGCUCCAGGUCACCAAUUUUGGUUUAUCUCUGCUCAAGGGCCUGCAGUUACUUACCGACCGUCACUGAACUCAGAUUAUAAGAUUCCCCACUCUUCAGAUCCAUGAUUGAAUAACCAAUCCGCUGCCUACCUCCCGUUCCUACGUUAUCCGAAUGUCGUCCCAGGACGAAUCUGCCUCGUCUAGCGACACGGGAGAAGGUGGUCAUGUCUUUGGCAGGGAAAACCUCAACCAGUCUGCCGACUAUGGCUAUAAAACUGGCAGCAGCGCCUCCACUCACUCUACAACUGACGAUGCAAUCUCGGAAGAGCCUCAGCCCUCAGGGAAUGGGCCGCGAUCCAUAAUUGCACGAGCUUACCAACUAGAGAUGUUUCAAGCUAGCAUGCAGCAGAACAUCAUUGUCUCUAUGGAUACUGGCAGCGGGAAAACUCAAGUUGCUGUGCUUCGAAUCCGAGCAGAACUCGAACGUACGCCACCAGAAAAGCGUGUUUGGUUCCUCGCUCCAACUGUUGCCCUUUGCGCACAGCAGUAUGAGGUUAUCCGCUCACAGAUCAAAGUUGCCAACUCGAUCGUUAUGACGGGCGAUGAUAACGUCGAUUCGUGGUCAGACGUCCAGACUUGGGAUGCUGUCUUGGCCAAUGUGCGAGUGGUGGUCUGUACCUAUAUGAUAUUAUUUGAAGCCUUGAGCCAUGCUUUUGUCACCAUGGAUUCCAUUUCACUCCUGGUUAUGGAUGAAGCCCAUAACUGCACCGGCAAAUUCCCGGGGCGUUUGAUAAUGAAAAGGUUCUACAUGCCGCGCAAGUCCGCAGGAGAUCAUGUGCCUCACAUCCUCGGACUUACCGCAAGUCCAGUUAUGAAGUCAGACCUAUCGUCGAUGGAAGAUCUGGAGAGCUCACUGGACUCGGUCUGCCGUGGUCCCACCUUACAGAGGGAGGAGCUUUUCGCAAACGUCCACCAGCCUACAAUGACGGUAACCACUUAUAAAGAGUGUGAUUUGAGGUCGCCCGUUCAGUAUACGCGGAACAUGAAUAAUCUGCACCUGGCAUUCGAAAAUCUCGACAUAGCCGAGGACCCAUACGUCCUUCAUCUCAUGGGCCAAAGAACACCCAAAAGCCUGAGGGAGCUGGAUAGGAUCUUGACCAAGCUCGACACCUACACCCAAAAUCAAAUGAAGGCUCUGCAACGAAAGAGCUCAUCCCUGUUCCGUGAGCUAGGGCAAUGGGCCGUUGACAGCUACAUCUAUAAUGUUGUCGAAAAAGUCUCUAACUUGGAUGCUCGAAGCAGUUGGCUAGGAGGGUGGCUUGACGACGAACAAAGGUAUCUCCAUCGGGCGAUUCAAGGAAUCAAUGCGCUCCCGGUAAGCGCAGCCAUACCAGCACCUGAAAUGACUUCCAUAAAACUUCAGGUCCUUCUCCGGAUCCUGCGUGGGUAUGAGGGUUCGCCAGUUGGAAUAGUUUUUGUCAAAGAGCGAGCCACCGCAGGGAUACUAUCCCAGCUGUUGGCCAUAAUUCCGGAUAUAAACGCACGGUAUAAGGUCGGCUGCAUGGUUGGAACGUCCAGGUAUAUGUCCAGGAAAAUGAACAUACACGAAGUCCUGCAGCAGGGAGACGACUUGCUAGCCCUUGAGAAAUUUCGUUCCGGCGCCAUCAACCUUCUCGUGGCGACCAGCGUGUUGGAAGAGGGUAUCGACGUGCCUGUCUGCAAUCUUGUCAUAUGUUUUGACAUGCCUGCGAAUCUAAAGUCAUUUAUACAGCGAAGAGGUCGCGCCCGGAUGCGGGAGUCCAAACUCCACCUCAUGAUCGAGGAGGAUUCGCUGGUGUCAGUUAAAGAUUGGGGGGCAUUGGAGGCAGCGAUGAAGCAGCGAUACGAAAACGAUAUGCGAGAAUUGGAUCAUCUCGCCCAGGUGGAGGAAGAAGAUGAAAUGGACGUGCCUCCGCUGCACUCAAGGACGACAGCAGCAAAAGUCACAGUCGAUGAUGCGAAGGGUCACCUGGAACAUUUUUGCCGUGUUGUCACCCGUUCUCAGCAGUAUGUCGACGCAUCCCCAGAGUACUUAGUCACCACCAAGACUACGGCGUUUGUUGGCGGUAAGCCCAUUCCGAUCUUAGGUGUAACUGUGCUUUUGCCUGCCUCCCUGCCGCCGAAUUUGAGACAGGCACACAGCUCCCGGGACUGGAUCUCAGAGCGUAAUGCAAAGAAAGACGCUGCAUUGCAAGCUUACAAAAUGCUUUACGAAGCUGGACUGAUCAACGAACAUCUUCUUCCUAUCCGGGAGUCUGAUUUUGUUGAUAGAGAGGUUGAUGGGAGACCUGGUCUUUUGGAGGUCCAGGAACAGUGGAAUCCCUGGCCAUGCAUUGUCGAGGCAUGGGAGACUGGGUUGUCAAGCCAAACCAUUCACCGUCGACGCCUGCAACUUACAGACCAAGAUGGAAUGUUGAUGGGCGAGCUCGACGCUCUACUUCCAGUCCCUUUCCCACCUAUAUCCAUUUUAAAGCUAUACUGGAUUCAACACUCGGAGCACCCGUGGACUAUUAGCUUUGAUCCAGACGUGACCAUGUCAGGGCCCGGUAGUACAGACCCUAGUUUCGAAAUCCAGCAGGCCCUGGACCAAACCCAGAUUCUCCUAGAUAUGGCUUUCGGCCAUCGCUUCUCUGUUUCUGAGCAAAGUAAAGCCCUUCGAUUCAUCUGGCCCAACAGGACCUUGAAGCUUCAGAUGAUAGGUGGUCAGCCGUUCUCAAAGAAAGCGGGCGAGGCCCAUAGCAGUGAUUACAUUAUCAGAAGCUAUGGAAGGGAUCCGUACAUAUACAAGUCCUGGGUCCCGGUAAAACCACCACUCGAACUCGUGCGAGGAUAUUGGAAGGCAAAGCCGGACGAAGAGGAGCCACCAGCGGAUGCUCCUUGGGUGGUUGUAAAAAGGUUACCCAAGAACUGCGGUUUCGUCAAAAACUCGCGGAUACCCAUCGAGCUGCCUAAGGAGUAUCAGACGUCAAGCCCGAGGAGGUUUGACUACAUAAUACCCGAGCAGCUGUGCACAUUCGAUACUGUCCCGGCGACUUUGGUCCAGCUUGGUAUGCUUGUUCCAUCGAUUACUCAGGCCAUGGAGCCUUAUUUCGUCGCACAAGAACUCCUUCGGCGGACGGCACUAGGUUCCCUGGAUUUCAAAGACAUUGACCUUGUUAUGAUGGUGAUCACUUCGUCCAGUGCGGGAAGGUUAACCAACUACGAGCGCGUCGAGUUCUUGGGUGAUGCCGUCUUGAAGCUUGGAGCAGCAGUGACCUGCGCUACGAACAAUUUGCACUUUCCUGAAGGCUAUCUCAGCCUACUGAAGGAUAGGCUUGUCUCAAACUCCCGGCUAUGCAAGGCGGCCACAGCCUUGGGCUUAGAUCAGUUCAUAAUAACACGACAGUACAGUCUGAAGCAAUGGAGAAAUAUGCUGACUGCUCCCGAGCCACCAACCAACACGAGGAAAAUGUCGAGCAAGACUCUUGCGGACGUAACAGAAGCUCUUAUUGGAGCGGCGUAUAUCGAGGGCGGUAUGAGCAAGGCGCUCCGCUGCAUAUCUUUAAUGAUCCCCAACGAACGUUGGAGAAGUCUUGACGAAAGCCGUGCGGUUCUGUACCAAGUAGCUCUCAACGAUAUUCCCCUGCCAUCAACGCUAGGGCCGUUAGAGGAAUUACUCGGCUACAGCUUUAACAAGAAGUCGCUCCUCAUUGAAGCCAUCACACACGCGUCGUACAACAUCCCCGGUUCAGCAGGCAGCUCCCUCGAGCGACUAGAGUUCUUGGGAGACAGUGUGCUGGAUUUUGUUGUGGUGGCACGGCUUUUUUCUGUCAAGGACCCUGCCCCCAUUGAGCACUAUAACAUGCACUUAUUACGCACUGCAGUUGUCAAUGGCGAAUUCUUGGGCUUCUUGGCCAUGGAGUGGCGGACAGCAGCGACUCAAAGAUCAGUAGUUGUCAGAACUGGCCAGGGUACAGCCGACGAGCUCGAAACGGUCGAAACCCCAGGUCUGCCGCUCUUCGGCUUCCUACGCCACAACGCGUCGGGAGACUGGGUCCGCGACCAGCAGUUGGCAGAAGAGCGGCACGCGGAGAUGGCGCCGGGCAUUAGAGAUGCCUUGGAGCACGGGCAGCGGUAUCCAUGGGAUCUGCUGGCGCGGCUGCGCAUCAGCAAGGUCCACUCGGACGUGCUCGAGGCGGUCAUUGGUGCGGUCUGGGUCGACUCGGGGUCUCUGGAGGAAUGCGAGAAGCUUAUCGAGCGUGUGGGGAUUCUACGCUACCUGGACCGGGCACUCAGGGACGGUGUCAAGAUCUUGCACCCCAAAGAGGAGCUGGGCAGGGUGGCACAGAACAACAAGGUGGUCUACAAGGUCGACAAGGCCAAACGGGCUGCUAGAGCUGAGGUAUAUGAAGUCUCUGGAGAACUGGCAGAGGGAGAAGAUGUCGAGUUCCUCUGCAGCGUCACGGUUGGGGAUAGGUGCGUUGCACGCGUUGGCGGAGCUGUUAGCAAGAACGACGCCAUGACCAAGGCUGCGCUGGAGGUUAUUCGAGUGUGGGAAGAAGCGGGUCGGUCGUGGGAUAAUGUUGGGGUAGUUUUGGAGGAAGGGGUUUAGAGAGGGACAUAGCCUUGAUAUGUCUGGGAAUGAUUUUGUGGAGCGUGGUGAGGAGAAACCAUGAUAACACAGCAUGCUCGAAAAAAAAUAAAAAUAUAAAAAUACUCCAGUUUAAUUCCAAACAUCUAGAUAGUUUACUUCUAUCCGGAAAUAAGGUCGAUAAAUAAACAUGAGCCUAACAUGGGAUUCAUAUGCAGAUAA